CUGUUGGUUUGAUUGUACGCGUAGGUUGCCUACAAUCACGUGAGCUGAACAAAAACUGUAGUGGGUCAAAUAACCUUCAAAAAUAUUUGUGUUCUUGACGUUGACAGUUGUUGCGGCCGCCUCGCACAAUAUUUUUCCAUUCAGAUCAGUACAACGUCGACGAUGGCACGCGAGAUAAAUAUGCUGCGGGUAGCGAAAGGCUGCUUCGGGCAGAUUCGGCAUUUGAGCACAACGCGUGCUUUGCUCGACAAGCAAGUGGAACCUCGUAUAAAGACUUUUGCGAUCUACCGAUGGAAUCCCGACGAGCCGAACAAGAAGCCGUUCAUGCAGGAGUACAAAGUAGAUUUGAAUUCUUGUGCACCCAUGGUGCUGGAUGCCUUGAUCAGAAUCAAGGACUACAUGGAUCCUACCCUUACCUUCCGGCGUUCAUGCCGUGAAGGUAUUUGUGGUUCAUGUGCUAUGAAUAUUGGUGGAAUAAACACGUUAGCUUGUAUUAGCAAAAUUGAUACUAAUCUUAGUAAGAAGUCAUACAUCUACCCACUACCUCACAUGUAUGUCAUCAAGGAUCUGGUGCCUGAUAUGAACCACUUCUACAGGCAGUACAAGACUAUUAAGCCUUGGUUACAACGCAGGAACGAACCAAAAGUGGGCGAAGCGCAGUACUUGCAGAGCGUGGAAGAUCGUGAAAAGAUCGACGGUUUGUAUGAGUGUAUUUUAUGCGCGUGCUGCUCGACGUCAUGCCCCAGCUACUGGUGGAACAGCGAUCGCUAUCUUGGCCCUGCUGUACUUAUGCAGGCUUAUAGAUGGAUGAUUGAUUCACGAGAUGAAUUGACACCGGAACGCCUGGAGAAGCUGAAGGAUACGCACUCUGUUUUCAGGUGCCAUACGAUCAUGAACUGCACUAAAACUUGCCCGAAGGGUUUGAAUCCUGCACGUGCUAUUGCGCACAUCAAAAUGCUCCUCAGUGGGCUGGAGUCAAAGAAGGCGCCGACGAUGAACACUACAGCACUGCACCAGGCCUAACCGCCUUCACCACCAUGGCCGAAUACUUAAAAAAACGAACCAAGGAAAAUUCAUCUAUAAAUUCGAUUUGUGCACGAUUUUGAUUUUACCACAGUCUAUAUUAAUUUUAUUGGAUAUCCUAUCUUUUGAUUUAAUUAUUUAUAUAAUUAUUUAUUUUGCGCGUAACUACGUUUAGCCGCAAUAUAGCCAAUCUUAGGGAGGGCCUUGCUGUCCGACGACGCCGCCAAAGUCACUUACCAUAUUUAUCGUAAACGUACGUAACUGUUUUUGACAACGUGAACCGUGAAAUCAGUAUUUAUGAUGGUUGUUUCUUUAACUUAAAUUUUAAAUCUUAAGUGUUGAAAAAAGGCGCAUUUACAUCUUGCGCGUGUUUGUUUUUGUUGUGUACGGAUGUGCUGACAAUUUGAAUAAAAUUUGGUUGUGGAUUUGA